CCAAGUGCGGAGGCAUCUCCUACAUGCGAUCCCUGUCUGUUCUUUUUCUAUGCGCGACGGGGUUGCAGACGUGGAUCUUCAUGCAAAUACUGUCACCUGGACCACGAUCAUGGGCAUCGUCCUGCAAUCCGACCACGCAAGCAAACGCGGGACCGUUACAAGUCUAACGUGCUGCAGCUUUUGCAAGGCCAGCGGGACGUCGAGGAG